GCGAGAAAGGGGCUAGAGUGUUGUCAAACUCUUCUUCGUCCUUCAGCACCCCUCCCGGGGGCCGCGGGUUGGACGGUCCCAGGUCAGGGCGCGCGGGGGAGGAAGCGGCGGAGCCGGCGCCAGCGGCGGCUGUCAGAGCUGGAGAGGGGCCGGGCGGAGCGGCCAUGGAGGGUCAGCGCUGGCUCCCGUUGGAGGCCAAUCCCGAGGUCACCAACCAGUUUCUCAAACAAUUAGGUCUACAUCCUAACUGGCAGUUUGUUGAUGUAUAUGGAAUGGAUCCUGAACUCCUUAGCAUGGUUCCACGGCCAGUGUGCGCAGUGUUACUUCUCUUCCCUAUUACAGAAAAGUAUGAAGUAUUCAGAACAGAAGAGGAGGAAAAAAUAAAAUCUCAGGGACAAGAUGUUACAUCAUCAGUAUAUUUCAUGAAGCAAACAAUCAGCAAUGCCUGUGGAACAAUUGGACUGAUCCAUGCUAUUGCCAACAAUAAAGACAAGAUGCACUUUGAAUCUGGAUCAACCUUGAAAAAAUUCCUGGAGGAGUCUGUGUCCAUGAGCCCUGAAGAACGAGCCAGAUACCUGGAGAACUAUGACGCUAUUCGAGUUACUCACGAGACCAGUGCCCAUGAAGGUCAGACUGAGUCCUCCUCGCCAUCCUCAUCACAGCCUCAUUCUAGCCACUGCAGAACGAAGGCCUCAUCAUUGUGUCACCAUGCAUCCCUGCCCUGGGUCAAACGUAACCAUGUAGGCCCUGCAAAAGCUACCAGUCCAUCUCUCCGUCUUCGUCGCUGGCGACCCUUCUUACGCCUACCAUCUUUGGGUCUCCAUUCUGUUGCCCCGAGUCCAGAUGAAAAGGUAGACCUUCAUUUCAUUGCGUUAGUUCACGUGGAUGGGCAUCUCUAUGAAUUAGAUGGACGGAAACCAUUUCCAAUUAAUCACGGGGAAACUAGUGAUGAAACUUUAUUAGAGGAUGCCAUAGAAGUUUGCAAGAAGUUUAUGGAACGUGACCCUGAUGAAUUAAGAUUCAAUGCAAUUGCUCUUUCUGCAGCAUAGCUUGUCAAUAAUGGAAACACCAAAUACUGUAUUAUUUGCAACAAAAAUUAAAUUUCUGCUGCCAUACACUAACUCAAAAAUUUUGAUAUUUUCAUUAACUUGACUGAUUAAACUUUAUGUGAAUUAAAUUUUGACUUAAUCCAUGUUUUGUAUUAUUUUUGCCCAAAAUUAAAGCUGCAGUUCUUUUCUUCCCUUUC